AUGAUUUCAAUGAUGGGUGUUGCCAUGUUGAGGAUCAACAAAAUGCAACAAAAAUGGCGAGUUAAACUUGCUCAAGCCCUCUUGCAACCCCCGUCCAAGAAAAUCGAUCGCUUGAAGAUUGGUUAUUUGUCAAAGAAAUAUGCUAUGUUCGUUUUACCCUUUGUAACCGUCUUGCGGGAGGGAUUAGAGGCAGUCGUUUUUGUUGGUGGUGUUGGUUUGAACGAACUGGCAACUGCAUUUCCCUUGCCCGUUGUUGUUGGUCUCAUUGCAGGUAUAGCUAUCGGCGUUAUUCUCUAUUAUUUUGGCAACAACGUCUCAAUGAAGUUGUUUCUCAUCGUUUCCACCUCAAUGCUUUAUCUCAUUUCUGCUGGUUUAUUUUCACGAGGGGUGUGGUAUUUCGAAAAUUAUGUGUACAACAAGAAGACUGGGGGUGAUGCCUCCGAAAACGGCUCUGGGCCUGGAACUUAUGACAUCAGCAAGUCUGUAUGGCAUGUUAAUUGUUGUAACCCUGAGACUGAUCAUGGCUGGGACGUUUUUAACGCCUUGUUAGGUUGGCAAAAUUCCGCAACGUACGGCUCGGUAAUUUCUUAUAAUAUCUAUUGGAUUUUUGUGAUCCUCACUCUUUUGUUGAUGAUGUACGAAGAGAACAAUAGCCAUUUGCCUGGGUUGAAGAAUUUAACAUUGGCUCAGUUGAAUCCGAUGUACCAUAUUCGAGGUAAGCGACGCAAUGAGCUUAGUGCAGUUCAAGAGGAGGAGCUUAUGGCGAAAAUGAAUGACCAGGAGGCCUUGUUAAAGAUAUUAAAGGGUGAAGUUUCGCCCCCGCAAGAAAUCAAAGUCCAGGCGGGUUCUUCUUCUGACGAAGUUGUGGAAGCCGAAUAUCAUGCAGCAGGCGAGAAAUACUGA